GACGCAGGACGAAAACACGGCACCAGGAAGUGCGUUUCAUGCUCGAGCCCGGUAAAAAGAAAAAAAAGAAAAAAGGAAAAGUGUCCCCACGUGUCCCGGUCCGCGGCAGUCCGGUGUGUUUACCUGCAGAGACCCGGAGGAGACCGUCUGAACGGGCUGGGAGAUGUCUGAGGAGGCUCCCAGUGAGGGGGACCAGCCCCAGUCCACCCAGUUCCCGUCCCAGGCCCAGUCCACUUUGUCCCCAUCCCAGGCCCAGUCCACCCAAUCAACCCAGUCCACCCAGUCCCCGUCCCAGCCCAAGUCCCAGCCUGGUUCCAGUUCUUCCAGUGGGCCAACAUCAGGCAGCCAGUCAUCCAGCGGCUCGGGGACGCUGAGCAGCGUGGACACCAUCCCUGUCACCCUGCCGUCUGUCCCCGAGGAGCCCGAACCACAACCCUGGGGCCGCCUGCUGCCGAUGGCCCCGGGCUUCAGGAGCCUCGACUGUUUUGAGGAGCAGUACCUGUUUGGACGCGGUCCAAAGUGUCACUAUGUCCUCAGAGAUCCGAACGACAAAGAAUCCAAAAAGUUCCGAAUCUACAGCAAGAAACACUUCAGGAUCUACAGAGAGGGCAGCGAGGUGUUUGUGGAGGACUACAGUAACAACGGGACGUUUGUUGACGGGAUAAAGAUCGGUCAGGACAGGAAGCUUCCUCUCAUCAACAACGCCGUGCUCGCUCUGGCUGAGCCACGAAACAAAGUGUUUGUCUUCAUGGACCUGAUGUCCGACGAUCAGUCCAGUUUACCCAGAGAGCUUCAGGAGAAAUAUCUGCUGUCUCGACGCAUCGGCACAGGAGUGUGUGGUGAGGUCAAACUAGCGUUCGAGCGAUCGUCCUGCAGGAAGUUUGCGGUGAAAAUAAUAAACAAGAAGAACUUCCAGUCUGAAGGGACGGCGACACGAAACGCACAGACAGAGAUCGAGAUCCUGCAGAGAAUCGACCACCCUUGUCUCAUAAAGACGGAGGACUUCUAUCAGACAGACGACAGUUAUUACAUCGUGUUGGAGCUGAUGGAGGGAGGAGAGUUGUUCCACAAACUAAAGACUCAGCAGCAGCUCAAAGAAUCCGUCACCAAACUUUACUUCUAUCAGAUGCUGAAAGCUGUUCAGUACCUCCACAGUAACGGGAUCAUCCACAGAGACCUGAAACCUGAGAACGUCCUGCUGUCCUCACUGGAAGACGUCUGUCUCAUCAAGGUGACAGACUUUAACCAGUCCAGGAUCCUGGACUCGACCCUGCUGAUGAGGACUCUGUGUGGCACUCCGUCCUACCUGGCACCUGAAGUCUUCACCCACGCCACCAGCACAGGAUACGGCCUCGCCGUGGACGCCUGGAGCCUUGGUGUCCUGCUCUUUGUCUGUCUCGGAGGUUAUCCUCCGUUUCAUGAGAGUUUUGGUCACCUGACGGUCACAGAGCAGAUCAUCAGAGGAGAGUUCAUCAUGGUGCCGUCCAAGUGGAGCCACAUCUCUGACCAAGCGAAGGACGUGGUGAGGAAGCUGCUGGUUGUUGAUCCCAGUAAGAGGAUGACUAUCGAGGAAGCUCUGCAGCACCCGUGGUUACAGGAUCAAGAGAUGAUACAGACGGCUCACAGACUCAUGUACCCCUCUGAUGCUGCUGCUGUGGCCCCGCCCCCCGGACCCUCCCCCCAGCAGGAGGCGGAGUCAUCCUCCGUAAUCUCCAAAAGGAAGAGAAGAAGAGAUGAAGGCGACAAAGAUGAAGGGGAGGAGCAUCCGGCUAAACGGAGCCAAGCCCCGCCCCCUGACCCACUGUAAGGACCAAUCAGAUUCUGCCAUUCCUCAGGUCAUGUGACUC